CAUCAAACGAUUUAAUAUCAUCAACAAGUCAAAUUCAAACUAAGUCAGGAUGAAGCUAGUUUAUCUAUCCUCCGCCGUAGCCUUCGGCUCCGCAAUUGCCGAUACAGCCCCGUGGGAAGGUCCCGGACCGAACGACGUGCGUUCGCCUUGUCCCAUGCUCAACACUUUAGCAAACCACGGGUUUUUACCUCACGAUGGAAAGAGUAUCACUGUAAAUAAGACGGUAGAUGCUCUAUCCUCGGCGCUAAAUAUCGACCCGGAGCUCAGUACCUUCUUGCACGAGUUCGCGGUGACCACGAACCCUCAGCCUAACGCGACGACCUUCGACUUGAAUCACCUCAGCCGUCACAACAUUCUUGAGCAUGAUGGAAGCUUGAGUCGUCAGGACUCUUACUUUGGUCCUCCGGACGUCUUUAACGAGGCUGUCUUUAACGAAACCAAAUCGUACUGGACCGGAGACAUACUUACUAUACAGAUGGCAGCCAACGCGCGUGUGGCCCGUCUUAUGACCUCGAACCUUACGAACCCUGAGUACUCGCUUUCGGAGAUAGGCUCACGCUUCAGUAUCGGCGAGUCAGUUGCAUAUCUCUCCAUUCUAGGAUCUAAGGAGACCGGCACGGUCCCGAAGGCCUACGUGGAGUACUUGUUCGAAAAUGAACGCUUGCCUUAUGAGCUUGGUUUCUCAAAGAUGAAGGACCCCUUGACGGAAGAGGACCUGGGCAACCUGAUGGACAAGCUCGUCGAGGCUCAGCAUUUCCCCCAGUCACCUGGCAAGAUUUCUAAGCGUGCCGAGAGGCCUUCCGAGAAGCGUGCUGGGAAGCGUUGCCCAUUCCACUAGAUGCGAUCAUAUAAUUUGUGGCGAUACUAAUCUAAACUUCUAUUUGACACAUGGCGCUUGGGAUGAAUGCUGGCCCAAGAACGACAACUUCGCUUUUGUGAUGCAAUUUUUAUCGGUUAUUAUACUCUAGACAAGGUAUAUAUGACGAAUUGGGUAAUAUGUAGGAUAAAAAAGGGGACUUCAAACAGAAGGGUACCAUGGAGUUUGUAUCUAUGAGUUGACAACUCGGUGUGUACAUACCAACGUACAUAAUUGAUUUUCCCAUUUGCAUAUUACUUCAAUAAUUUACUAGCAGGUACUCCGCGGAACAAGAAAAUUCUAUUUUCAAGGUGACGAGUACGUUUAUAU